UCUGUUUAAAGAUAAAGCUAAAAUGGAAGAAUUUAAGCUCAGUGAUGAUGUAAUUGAACAAAUAAAAAAUUUUAAUCGUUGGAGUUUAACAGAUGAACAAAGAUUGUUAAUUGAUAAGCUAAUAUUAAAUGAAGAAUUAAAAGAACGUUAUAAAGAGAAUGGUUUAUGCAAAGAUUGUAAGCAGCCUAAAGUUUCUGAUUAUUGGUGUCAAUGCAAAUUUCAACAAAAUUUCAAAAAUUGGACUAGUGGAAAUAAUAAAGUUGAUAAUUUUAUUCAAAAAACACAACUUAAAGCCAAAGUAGGUCGUGAAAUGUUGGAGUGGAUUGAAUAUGAUAGAUUUGAAAAUGUUGAAUAUUUGGCCAAAGGAGGAUUUGGAACUAUUUAUAAAGCAAUUUGGAAAGAUGGAUGUAUAUAUGAAUGGGAUUCUAUAAAUGAUCAAUGGGAGAGAAUAGAAUCUUUGGAAGGGCAUAAAAAUUUUCCAGUUGUUUUAAAAUGUUUACAUAAUUCUCAGGAUAUGACAUCCGAAUUUUUAAGAGAAAUUGAAUCACAUACUAUGAUCGUUUCAAGUCGUGUAACUCGAUGUUAUGGAAUUACUAAAGAUCCAGAAUCUAAUAAUUUCAUGAUGGUAAUGCGAUAUGCGAAAGAUGGUAGUUUAAGACAAUAUUUAAAUAAUAUAUUUAAUUCAAUAGAAUGGAUUGAUAAGUUACAAAUUUUAAGAAAGAUUAUAAAAGGCCUCAAUAUUAUUCAUGAAAAAGGAUUGAUUCAUCGUGAUUUUCAUUGUGGUAAUAUGUUAAAAGAUGAUAGUGAUACAAUUAUUUCUGAUUUAGGAUUAUGCCAACCAGCAAAUGUAAAAUCUUCCCAAAAUAAUGAAUAUGAAAAACAAGUAUAUGGAGUAUUACCUUAUGUAGCGCCUGAAGUUUUAAGAGGAGGAAAAUAUACUCAAGAAAGUGAUAUUUAUGCAUUUGGAAUUAUUGCAUAUGAAGUCUGUACAGGGCUUCCUCCUUAUCAUGAUAUUGCUCAUGAUAAAAUCUUAGCUAUUAGCAUUUGUCAAGGGCUUAGACCAAGAUCUAAUUAUAAAAUUCCUCAACUAAUUUUGGACUUAAUAAUUAAAAAAUGUUGGCAUGCAGAUCCUUUAAAACGACCCAAAGCAGAUGAAUUAUUUAAAUUAUUAGUUGGAUUAAAACAUUUUGGGAGUGAUGAAUUUAAUAAGCAAAUUGAAGAAGCAGAAAGAAUUAAUGAAAAGUUUGCUUCUACUUCAUUACCAUAUAAUGGUACUACUCUUUCAUAUACUACAAAUCCUCAAGCAGUUUACACGAGUAGACUUUUAAACUUUAAAAACCUGCCUGAACCAAAGAAUGCUAUUGAUAACAAAGAUGAUAAUAAUUCAUUCGGAGAAUAUUCAGGUAAUUAAUGUAUUAGCUUAUUUUACAAAAGUACUUUUAAUAUACAAUUAUUUUUAUUUUCUAGAAUCCAUAGAAGCAA